AGUAUUUAAUUUGAGAAUAGCAAAAAGGAAAAUUAAUAAUUUUUUGAAUAAUUAAAAUAAUUAAGAUAUUUGGAAAAUUUAUCUUUGGAAAUGUUUUAUAAUUAAUAGAUUUUAGAUAGCUUAUCUGAUUUUAUUAGAAAUAAUUAAAGUUUGAAAAAUUUAUAACUUGUUAAAAUUGUUUAAUUCAAUUAAUACAAUUUGGAUAUUAAAUAAAUAUGUGAAGCUAUUUAAAAUCACAAAAAUAUUAUCUAAGUUAUUUUUAGUUUUAAGAAUGAACAAAACGAAAUUGUUUAAAAAGAAAAUGAGAGUAUUUGGCAAAAUGAAAAAAUUUAAAAAUUUUAUGCUCCGAUAGCUAAUUGUAUCUAAAAUUGUUAAAAUUCAUUAAAUGUUGUAGAGCUUUAUGAAGAUAAAAUUAAUGAAGAAGGAAUAUCGUUAAUCCUAAAAUAAGUUGAAAAUAAUGAUAAAACAAUGUACUUGAGAUUUAAAUCAUGUUUGAAUAAUUAAGUAAAUUAAUGUUCAGAGGUAUUUUAAUAAUAAUACUAUUAAUGUUGUUUGAAAGGAAAAAUUAUUAAGACUUACUUUUAUAUGCCUAAUUGUAUUUACUCAAUAUAUAAAAGUUGAUUUUA